AUGGCUAGCAGCGGAGAGCAGUCCUUGGACGACCAACAGCGAGGAGAUGUCAGCAGAGGACCUCCCAGAGAGACGAGUCCGUGCUCACGUCACCGCCGUUGCCGAGCUGAAGCCCGAAUCGGAAUUGCUGCUUCGCUACUCUUCGCUGAAACGACUGCUGCGGAUCACUGCAUGGUCCGUCGCUGGUUGCUGAUCCAUCGCCAGCUCCGCCAUGCGCAAAGCCAGCUUAGCGUAAUCAGCGUCGACGAACUGACGGAAGCCCGCAUCUCCUGGGUGAGGUUGAUCCAGGCUAGAACAUUUAAAGACGAGAUUAGAAGGCUGCGCAAUGGAACGCCUCUGCCGUCGCGAAGCUCCCUGCACAAACUAAAUCCAUUCCUAGACUGCAAAAGACUUCUACGCGUCGGCGGGCGCCUCAGAAACGCUUACCUGCAAUACAAUGCCACUCAUCCGCCAAUACUGCCCAGCGAGUCGACAUACACUCACCUCGUCAUCGACGACCACCACCAGCGGACGUUACACAGCGGGACUCAGCUGACCUUGUGCUCCCUGCGCCAGGAGUAUUGGGUCCCUCGAGGUCGCUCGCUGGUGAAAAGACACAUCAGCCGAUGCAGUAGGUGCACAAGAUGGCGAGCCGCCAUCCCACAGCUUCUCAUGGGCAAUCUCCUAGUGCCAAGGGUCACGCCAAGCAGGCCGUUUCUGCACUUAGCAAGGAUGACGAAAGAUCAAGAGAAAAAGGAGAGGCAACAGGAGGAAAACACACUGAACCCUCGUGUUACCACCGCUCCAGACAAAAUCCUUUAA